CUGCACGUCCAAGAUGGCGGCGCCCUGUAGGCUGGAGGAGCUGUGAGGUAAACAGCCGAGGGGGAGGAGACGGUGGUGACCAUGAAAGACACCAGCUUGGCAGCACUGGAAACCGAAGUACCAAUUGUCCCCAGAACAGUCUGGUAGUGACACCAAUGAAGAGCCUGCAGAGUUGUUAGCGUGCAUCCCGGACCCGGCGUAGCACAUUUGUGUAAGAGAAUGGCCCAGCAAGCGAAUAUCGGGGAGCUCCUCUCCAUGCUGGACUCCCCCGUGCUGAGUGUGCGUGACGAUGUGACAGCUGUCUUCAAAGAGAACCUCAGCUCUGACCGUGGUCCGAUGCUUGUAAACACCUUGGUGGAUUAUUACCUGGAAACCAAUUCUCAGCCGGUAUUACACAUCCUGACUACCUUGCAAGAGCCUCACGACAAGCACCUUUUGGACAAAAUGAAUGACUGUAUGGGCAGAGCGGCCUCUCGGCUGCCCGCGCUGUCGUUAUUGGGGCACGUCAUCAGGCUGCAGCCGCCUUGGAAGCACAAACUCUCUCAAGCACCUCUUUUGCCUUCUUUACUCAAAUGUCUCAAGAUGGACACCGACGUCAUUGUCCUCACAACAGGUGUCUUAGUGUUGAUAACCAUGCUACCAAUGAUUCCACAGUCGGGGAAGCAGCACCUUCAUGAUUUCUUUGAUAUUUUUGGCCGUCUUUCGUCGUGGUGCCUGAAGAAACCAGGCCAUGUGACAGAAAUCUAUCUUGUCCAUCUCCAUGCCAGUGUUUAUGCUCUCUUUCAUCGCCUCUACGGAAUGUACCCUUGCAACUUUGUCUCCUUUCUACGCUCUCACUACAGUAUGAAGGAGAACUUGGACACUUUUGAAGAAGUGGUCAGGCCAAUGAUGGAGCAUGUGCGAAUUCACCCGGAAUUAGUGACUGGAUCCAAGGACCAUGAACUGGACCCUCGAAGGUGGAAGAGAUUAGAAACACAUGAUGUUGUAAUAGAGUGUGCCAAAAUCUCUCUGGACCCUGCAGAAGCCUCAUACGAAGAUGGCGACUCCGUAUCCCCGCAGGUGUCAGCGCGCUUUCCUCAUCGUGCGGCUGAUGUGGCCACCAGCCCUUAUGUUGACACGCAAAACAGCUGUGGGAGUGCUACCUCGACCCCUUAUUCCAGCUCUCGGCUGACGUUGCUAAAUACGCCCGGGCAGCCACCUCAGACUCUGAGUCCCCCGUCGACACGGCUGUUGACUGAGCCGCCACAAGCUACUCUUUGGAGCCCAUCUAUGGUUUGUGGUAUGACCACUCCUCCAACUUCUCCUGGAAAUGUCCCACCUGAUCUCUCACACCCUUACAGUAAAGUCUUUGGUACAGCUGGUGGAAAAGGAACUCCUCUGGGAACCCCAGCAACUUCUCCUCCUCCAGCCCCAUUGUGCCACUCGGAUGACUAUGUGCACAUUUCCCUCCCGCAGGCCACAGUCCCAGCUCCCAAGAAGGAAGAGAAAACAGAUUCAGCAAGGCCCUGUCUACACAGACAGCACCAUCUUCCAAACGACAGAGGAUUAGAAGAGCUACCUGGCCUCAAAGGUUCUGUCACUCUAAGUGACCUUCCAGGGUUUUUAGGGGACCUUGCCUCUGAUGAAGAUAGCGUUGAAAAAGACAAAGAAGAAGCGGCGAUAUCAAAAGAGCUCUCAGAGAUCACGACGGCUGACACUGAGCCCCUGGUUCCUCGAGGAGGCUUUGACUCUCCCUUCUACCGGGACAGUCUCCCGGGCUGUCCUCGCAAGACCCAUUCGGCCACCUCUGGUCCUCAGGGUACCAGUGUGAACCCUGAACCUUUCAACUCCUCCUUGGACAAGCGUGGGCCAGACACACCAAAGCAAGCCUUUACUCCCAUAGACCUGCCCUGUGGAGGCACCCACGAAAGCCCUGCCGGGGACAGGGAGCGCCAGACUUCGCUGGAGACCAACAUCCUCACUCCCAGCCCUUGUAAAAUUCCACCUCAGAGGGGAGUGGGGUUUGGUAGUGGGCAGCCUCCCCCUUACGAUCAUCUUUUUGAGGUGGCAUUGCCAAAGACCGCCCAUCAUUUUGUCAGCAAGAAGACCAAGGAACUGUUAAAGAAAGCAAAAGGAAACACAGAGGAAGACUACCCGCCCUCAACCUCCCCAGCAGAAGUCCUGGAUAGGCUGAUCCAGCAGGGAGCCGACGCGCACAGCAAGGAGCUGAGUCGGUUGUCUUUACCCAGCAAGUCUGUCGACUGGACCCACUUUGGAGGCUCUCCUCCCUCAGAUGAGAUCCGAACCCUCCGUAACCAGUUGCUUUUACUGCACAACCAGUUACUCUAUGAGCGUUUUAAGAGGCAGCAGCAUGCUCUCCGAAACAGGCGGCUCCUCCGCAAGGUGAUCAAGGCAGCAGCUCUGGAGGAGCACAAUGCUGCUAUGAAAGACCAGUUGAAGUUACAGGAGAAGGACAUCCAGAUCUGGAAGGUUAGUCUACAGAAGGAACAAGCCCGGUACAGCCAGCUGCAGGAUCAGCGAGACACAAUGGUCACCCAGCUCCAUAGCCAGAUCCGACAGCUGCAGCAUGACCGGGAGGAGUUCUAUAACCAGAGCCAGGAGCUGCAGACGAAACUGGAGGACUGCAGGAACAUGAUCGCAGAGCUGCGUCUGGAAUUGAAGAAGGCCAACAGCAAGGUGUGUCACACCGAGCUGCUGCUCAGUCAGGUGUCCCAGAAGCUCUCAAACAGCGAGUCGGUCCAGCAGCAGAUGGAGUUCUUGAAUCGGCAGCUCUUGGUCCUGGGGGAGGUCAACGAGCUGUAUCUGGAGCAACUGCAGAGCAAGCACUCAGAUACCACGAAGGAGGUAGAGAUGAUGAAAGCUGCGUGUCGGAAAGAAUUAGAGAAAAACAGAAGCCACGUUCUCCAGCAGAAUCAGAGGCUCGAUACCUCUCAGAAACGGAUUUUGGAACUGGAAUCUCACUUGGCCAAGAAAGACCACCUUCUUUUGGAGCAGAAGAAAUAUUUAGAGGACGUCAAAGUCCAGGCAAGAGGACAGCUGCAAGCGGCAGAGAGCAGGUAUGAGGCUCAGAAAAGGAUCACCCAAGUGUUUGAAUUGGAGAUCUUAGAUUUAUACGGCAGGUUGGAGAAGGAUGGGCUCCUGAAGAAACUUGAAGAAGAAAAAGCAGAAGCAGCUGAAGCGGCAGAAGAAAGGCUUGCCUGUUGUAAGGAUGGCUGCUCAGAUUCUGUAACAGACCACCAUGAAGAGGCAUCUGGCCACAACGGCGAGACCAAGCCCCCCAGGCCUGGUGGUGCACGGGGCAGCAGUGGAAGUAGAGGGGGUGGAGGUGGCAGCAGUGGCGGCAGCAGCAGCGAGCUUUCAACCCCAGAGAAACCCCCCAACCAGAGGGCAGGCCUGUUCAGCAGUCGGUGGGAAACGACCGUGGGAGAGCCUGCCACCAGCAUUCCCACGACUGUCGGCUCCCUUCCCAGUUCAAAAAGCUUCCUAGGCAUGAAGGCACGAGAGUUAUUUCGUAAUAAGAGUGAGAGCCAGUGUGAUGAGGACAGUGUGACCAUCAGUAGCCUUUCUGAGACGCUAAAGACAGAACUGGGCAAAGACCUGGGUGUGGAAGCCAAGAUUCCCCCAACCCUUGAUGGCCCACACCCCUCCCCCCCGAACCCAGACAGUGUUGGACAGCUCCACAUCAUGGACUACAAUGAGACUCAUCAUGAACACAGUGAAGGAUGACGGUCAAUCAGUGUUAACUUGCAGGUUGUUGGCAUAGAACAGGAAGUGUGAAUGCUCGUUCCCAGGCUUUCCUAUUUCUAGGGUCUGGGUGGCUAGCUCACGCGGUGGAAAUGGGAUGGAGGUCCUUUUGACAGUUGACUGAAUGCAGAACGGUUUUUGGAUCUGGCAUUGAAAUGCCUCUUAACUUUCCCCUCAGCCCACUCCCCAGCCUGUCUUUAAUUUACCCAGCAGUGUGGACUAAUCCGAGGGCCAGUUUGCGUUCCUCAGUAGCUUUAUUUUCUUCCUUCCCCCACAAUGGUUGCACCCUUUGAACCUGUGCAAUAUGAGGCCAAAUUUACUCUUUGAGUCUAACACACCACUCUCUCCUUUCCUGAAACUUGGAGAAUGGGUUGGCUCUCCGUUAGCCCAGGUAAUUGGUGGUGUUGCAGGUAAGUCUGGUUUUAUCCCUUUCCACGGGGAUGUAGCUUGCAAGGCUGGUCAUCUUCAUGUGGAAACUUUUUACAUGAGACUUUUUCACUGCUUUUUGGUUCUGAAGUUCAGCAUCUGAAGCAGCAGAUCUAGAGAAACAAUGGUUUAUUCACCCUUACGUUCUUUUGGCAGUUCUGAUAAGCUUCUUAGAAAGUUCUGUGUGAACAAAUGUCUGUUGUUAGAGAAGUCUGGAACUGGCACUGUGGAGACCAUCCUUCCCCUUAGGGAAUGCUCCAUCCCCUUCCCCCCUACCUCUUAUUUAUUUGGUGUUUGCUGGAAAGCUGGGACUGCUCUGACCAGGCUGGCAUGGGGGCAGUAAAAACCUACUCUCUGCAGGAGGGAAGGUUGGUGGCUUGAGUAGUUGCCCGAGAAGCCCUUGUGGAUGGGGAACUGCCCCUGGAGCAGGGAUCUGCUAGCUGAGCCUCGUGGUUCAUCCCUACCCCACUCCCCCCGCACCCUGCCACCGUCUGUCUGCCUCUCUCCCUUUGUGUUCCCAUGAGCCUCUUUAAGGCUUUGAGUUUAUGUUUCUUGGUGAUGCUGCAGCAGAAAGGCUCUGAAGGUCCAAAGAAUUUCUUCAUUGCUUCUCAGGCUGGUAGAGCCGCCUCACCAUUGCAGGUUCUAAACCACCAAAAAGGUAACAGCUUUCUCACAUCACCUUAACUUUCUGGGGCUGGCCCUCCAGGGAGCUUGAUCCUGCUCCCUUCCUGCAUGUUAGUAAUGGCUGAGCAUUGACAAAGUUAGUCUGACAUGCACCCUGGGAUGACCACACAUGCUCAGGGGAGGGGACCCAGCACAGCAUCUGAACUCAAUGCAGGCUCUGGAGGUUGAUGCUAGAAGCCUAAGAGUUGUUGCUUAGUGUCCUUGCUGAGGCAGGGGGAGACUGGUAGGAAAGAGCUGAUGAACUUGGUUUUCCUCUUUUUAUUCUUUGAGUUAAAAGAGGGGUCAGCCAUGAAAGGGGAAAAGACGGAUUGUAACAGUACGAAAUCUUACCGCAUACAGAAGCUUCCAGCAUGUGAGGGUAAAGGUCUCUUCUAUGUAGUAUUGCAGUAAAUAUUCUAGCACCUCUGACCAGAGGGAGCUAGGUCAUGAGAGAUGCUGUGUCACCAAGACUACAAGGGCACAAGGCCUCAUCAGGACAGAAUCUUCAGGUGUGCUCGACUGUGCCUGGCCUGGCCCCACCUGGCAAUUGCCGCUGGAUGUCCUCUGUGGACUACUGAUAACCCCAUGUGGUGAAUUUGUCCAAAGGAAAGCUUAAAAUCGAGUAUAUCCUAUUCCUACUUCAGUUUUAGAAAAGGAAAACAACAAAUUCAGAAAGGGAAAAAAAUGUUAACUGGAUACCUACUGAAACCAGGUCAAAAUGCUCACCCUCCCCCAGCCCAAGAGACCUGUGCCACAGAACAAAGACACCCGGCAUUUAAAUCAAAGCCUUUUCCCUGAUUAAUCAGCAAAGGCAGAGGCCAAUGUAAAGAAAGAAAAACCUUUUAAAAAACAUGGGCAGAUUGUAAAAAUCCAGGGAAGGAGGUGGCCACAUGGUGAAGUGGGCUGCAACCUGUGCUGGAGGCUCCAAGGCAGGUGUCUGGGCCCAGGGCCCUUGGCACAUCCCUCCUGCCCAGCUGUCUGCUCAGCUCGACAACCACAGCCCACCCAGGGGAGCUGCGCUCAGCCUCCUUUGGGUUCUAGCGGGCCAUGCGUUUUGUUCAGCCAAGGCUGGGGCAUUGAGGCCUGGAUGCAUGUUGAAGUUACCCAGCCUAAACAGUUUCAGGAAUCAAGUCAGUAGCCAGAUUUAGUUCAGUUUUAAAAACUAUAAACCUGCCUGCCAGGAAUCAACAGGUCACUUGAUCGGGUUGUGGCAAGUUUUUUUAAGGAUGGAAAGGUGAUAGUAGAGGGACACUAGAGAGAAUUUGAAUAUGGGAGCCAGCAAGGCAAAUGUUUUAGAAUAAUUAGCAUCAGGGGCAGAACCAGAUGGUUCAAGCGGCUUGGUGUUGACCCACGUCGGGCUUGAGCAGCCUCCACCCCACCACUCAGAGCAGGCUUGUCAGCCUCAGGGCCAUGUGGCCAGUGUGCGUAACCUGCUCUGAUCCCCACAUGACACUAACCAGGGUCGGCACAGGCCCUGCGAUUGGAGUCUGCUUCUUGGGUAGCAUGAAAUUUGUUUUCAAAAGCAGCACUACAGUAUCAGCGGUGGGGGUCAAGGGUGGGGUGGGGCAGGGGCGGGCGGAGAUGGCAGCAUUGUCUCCACAGAGAAGGCACAUUCCUGAGUCUGCUGUAGGACAGAUGCACAUGGACCUCUCCCAGACAGGACUUUGAGGGAUUUUAAAAAAGGUUUUGACAGGGUUUUGCCAUAAAGUCCACAAAAAUUGUUAGUAUGAUAUUGGAAGGAGGGGCUUGUCAUGGGUGAGAAAACAGAUCCAAAGGCAGGACACAGAGGAGACAGGGGUCAUUUUUUGGGUCAAGAGGUUUUUUUUAAAAGCAUCCGUGCAGCUGAGUGCUAGGCCCAGCUGGGUGCGGCAGGUGGGCACACGUGGCCUCCCUAGUGUUCAGCUGUGUUUCAGCUGCUAGGGGUUCAUACCAGGCUCCGGGAGCACAGAUGGAGGCGAUAGGUUAAGCUACUGUGUGAGCCGGAGUGCAUGUGCUGUGCAGAGGGGAAGAGGCCAGCUCUCCUGAGCAGGGAGCCUGGGAGUCCAGCAGGCCGCCGUGGUCCCAGAGGCUGGCACAUCACAGAGCAAAGUCAGGACAGCAGAACAUGAAACUCCAGGCCCUGAGCUGGCCCCAUUUGCCACCACCUGUGUAGUUUCCAGUGGUUUUGUCACAAAAGGCCAAAGUCUUGCUGUUGCAUACGAGGGGGUGACUGAUACAGUGGCGGCAAUGAGGGGAUCCCUAUGAGCUGGGCCGCAGCAGUUCAGACUCACGGUUUCAAAUGAAAAAUUGGGUGUCUGUGUGUAAAGACUAUAGCAUGUGCUAUGAGUAGACAGUGGGAGUUUGUACCAAAUACUAGAACAUGCCACUCGAAGCCAGAAUGGAAGACAAGUGAGAGGAAGUGCCACAUGCAGAUGACUAUUUCUCUGAUGGAGACCCCUGAGAGGUGGCAGGAAGCCAUGCAGGUGUAAGAAGGGUGUGGGCAGAGUGGAGGCCUGGUCCCCAGCUGCUGGGCAGGUGAGGGGCCACCCAGCCUGGGAAUGUUCUUGGAAGAAGCCAACCCCUCUUGGGGUGGUCCCUGACGAGCACAGUCCCACCCAGAGCUUGUCUCCUGCGGGGAAGAGAGGGGCUCCAGGAAUGACCCAUCAGCACACCUCCCUGUCCACUCCCGAGGCACACGUGCCGGAACACGUCUCCAGCACCACCGUGUCUAUGUAUGUGCUUCUGUCCAGAGUUGUGUCACAUGAGCCUCCCUGACACUGCAGAGGAAUCAGUGCCCUUGAUGGCGCUUUUCUGUAUAGGUGAAAGAGCAAGUUUAGGUUGGGGCCUGUCCUGAGGCUGCUGCUGUGACCCUUGUCUCCUUGAGCCUCAUGUUCCCGUCCUUGCCUGUCUGACAUGCAUGGGGAGGGUGUUUCCAUCUUUUCCACACCGUCCUCCAGUCUGUACGUGCUCACCUGAGAGAAGAGGGAAUCUUGCCCGGGAUAGUGAGCACCUGUGUCCACAACUGAUUCUGGCCUUGAAAACAAUUACUGAAAGCAGAGGACCCUCUGCCCCUUUCCCUUCCCCUUUCCCCUUCCCCUCCCUUCCCCUUCCCCCUUCCCCCUUUCCCCUCCCCCCUUUCCCCUUCCCCCUGCCCCCUUCCCUUCCCAUUGUCACUGAAUUGUCCAUCCUGUGGGAUAAGUAGGAUAGUUGAACCAUUGGAAUAGAUCUUUUAGAGGAGAGUCCUGAGCGUUGAGACCCCCUCCCGCCAAUGUCAACCCCUCAUCCUUUCCCCCACCUUGCUACAGUGUUUGGACAGGAGGGUACGGCGCUGCUGGAUGCAGCAGAUACUUUGGCUGAUCAAAGAGGCGGCCAGGCAUUUUGCACCAGGAAGAAUCAGUGAUCACUUUUCAGAAGACUUCUAUGGACCAUAAUAAACAUAUUACGGAGGAACAGAUUUUGCUAAGACGUAAUCUAGUUUUAUAACUCAAUCAUGGAUCAACCACAUAUGGCUAACUUGCAGUGUAAAGGGAUCCCAUCAGUGAAAAAAAAAAGAUUUUUUUAAACUGCUUUUACUUAAGUUUGAGAAAGUCCUCUCGUCAAAAGGUUUAAACCUUCCCGCCUCGAUCUUAAAAAGCAUGUCAAACAAUCCACGUCAGAUGCCAUAAACAAGAACUGCGAGAGAAAAUGGUACAAUCUUAAAUGAAUGGGAAUUGGAAUCAAAAGGGUUUGCUGUCCUUCUUAGAAUGUUCUAAAAUGUCAAGGCAGUUGCUUGUGUUUAACUGUGAACAAAUAAAAAUCUAUUGUUUUGCACUA